UGCGAUGUACACACGGUUGAGUUUUAUUUUUUUGUGAAACGCUUUGCAGUUAAAAAACAAAAAUGGAGCAGUUACCGGCGAACCGGAGCGAAGCAAAACGGCCGCCACCGCAAGUGCUUCACCAGAGCGAUGUGGACGAGGAUGACGAGAACGUGAAGCAGCUCGAUGAAUGCUCUUCUCUCUAUCGCUUGAUGCAGGAUUGCGUUGUUCGAACAAACAGGAAUUGGAAAGAAUGCCAGACAGAAGUAUAUGCUUUGAAGGAAUGCUUUGAAAAGAGAAAGAACGUGCAAGGAAAGUAGAAUUUUGAAGAGAGAUUUUUUUUUAGUUGACAAUGACAAUGAGGCUAACCUCUGUUCUCCCUAGUUAAUCUUCGUGGUUCUACUAUGAUGUACAGAGUACAGACGCUUACUCCUACUAAAAUGAAUGAUCUUGGGAAUGAUCUUGUAGUAUAGUUCAAUUGAAAUUUGAAAGUGAUUGAGAUUGAUCUUGGGGAAAGGGAACUUUUAUAUACAGAGAUAUGUGAUAAACGGUGUUUUCUGAUUGGAAAUACCAAAUACGUGUUUUGAGGUGAGAGCAAUCACCCCCCUUAACUUGCUUUUACUUCCUAAAAUCACUUGGAUUGUGUAUUUCUUGCUGUUGAUGAUAGUGUGUUUUAUGAAUGAUAA